AUAAUUUAUACUUGGAGGAAAUCAACGAGAUUGAAAAACGAGAUUGAAAAAAAAAAGUAUCAUGAAAAAUAAAAUAAAUUUUACAACUUCUUUUGAUAGCAACCAAGUCAUGUUAAGGAGUCUUAUACGAUCCAACCGUACACUCAUACCGUCCAGUUCGUUGAGGUCUUUUCAUUCGGUUCCUUCAUUACUCAAUAAACAAAAAGAGUUCAAUUCCAACCCUGAUUCAGCUAAUUCACCAACUAUAGAUGAAAAUGGAUUAUAUUAUGGAAAAUUUACCAAACAAGAAUAUGAAGAUGCAACUAAGGUAGUUAAACAACAAAUUGAAAAAUUGGAAGGUGAUAUUAAAGGUGAUUUCAAUGUUAGAGAUAAUUUAGGUAAAGUUCUUCAAUUUCCUCAAAGAGAUAUCACUGGAUCAACCAAAGUGGAGAAUUUAACUGAUUUAUUCGUACAAACUAUUCAAACAACAGGUCCAAUCACUUUAUCAGCUUACAUACGUCAAUGCUUAACUCAUCCUGAUUUUGGAUAUUAUACUACUAGAAACCCUCUUGAUUCAAGACUGGGUGAUUUUAUAACUUCACCCGAAAUAUCGUUUAUGUUUGGAGAAAUGAUUGGUAUUUGGUUAUUUACUGUUUGGCAACAACAAAAUUAUCCUACAUCGAUUAAAUUUAUUGAAUUUGGUCCUGGAAGAGGUACUUUGAUGCAUGAUGUUUUAAAAUCAUUCAAUUUAUUUGCUACAAAAGUUAAUAAACCAGUCAAUAUUGAAAUUAAUUUAAUUGAAGCUUCUAAAAUCUUAAGACAAGAACAAUGGAAAUUGUUAUGUGAAGAAGAAGUAGAAUUCAAAACUACUGAAGAAGGAUUUAAUACAUCUACUUCAAAAUGGGGUAAUCAGAUCAAAUGGUUGGAUACAGAAAAAGAUAUCAUUAAUGAUGAAAAUAUUGCAAAUUAUAUAAUAGCUCAUGAAUUCUUUGAUGCAUUACCAGUUAAAAGUUUUCAAAAAACUGAACAUGGUUGGAGAGAAUUAAUGGUUGAACAUUCAUCUUCGGUAAAUAAUACUCAACCUAAACUACCUUCAAAUUCAAAUGAAGAAGAAAUUAAUAUUGAAAAUAAAGAAUUACUUGAUACAGAAUUUCAUUUAACUUUAUCCCAAAAGGAAACUCCAUCCUCUAUAAUUCCAUCAUUAAGUUCAAGAUAUAAAGAUUUACCCAUUGAUACCAGAAUUGAAAUAUGUACAGAAGCAGAAUUAUACUUAAUGAAAAUGAUUCAAUUAUUGAAUAAUACAAAAAACUUAGGUACAGCUUUGAUUAUAGAUUAUGGGGUAGUCAAUACUAUUCCAGAAGCUUCAUUAAGAGGAAUUUAUAAACAUAAGUUCGUAUCUCCAUUCAUAAAACCAGGUGAAGUAGAUUUAUCCAUCGAUGUUGAUUUUACAAACUUAACUAAUUUAAGUUCAAAGUUUUGUUCGUCAUUUGGUCCUAUAGAUCAAGGUGAUUGGUUACAUAAUUUAGGUAUUGGUCAUAGAGUAGAUCAAUUAAUUAAAAAGAAUACUCAUGAUGAAGAAAAGCAAGAUAAAAUUUAUAAUAGUUAUAGAAGGUUAACUGAUAAAAAUGAUAAAUCAUUAGGAAGUUAUAAAUUCUUAUCCUUAUUACCAUUAAAUGCAAAACCACCAAUUGGUUUUGAAACACCAGCACCACCAGCACCACCACUAUAGUAUCAUCCUUGUAAAUAUAUAUAUAAAAAUAGAUGUUUCAUUAUCAAUUAAAUUAUGCUAAAUGUAGUACCCUUAUUCUAUCCAUCAUAUUUGCAACUAUUUAAAAAAAAUAAUUAAACAAAAAAGAAAAUUUCCGAUACCGGGAGUCGAACCCGGGUCUGCUCGGUGAAAGCGAACCGUGCUAGCCGUUACA